AUAAAUGUUAAUAGUUAAACACACUUUAAAUAUAUAUGUUCAUGCUUUCAUCAUGUCUCCUCUAAAGUACAAAGUCGACGAAUCGUGUUCCGAUGCCCGGCCAAGCCUCCAUCCUCCACGAGGGCACCGGUCCACGAAGCGGUUCCAUUCCGAGAGCGACACUGAAGCGGAGCCGCUAUCAUACAACACAGCUCGGUCUCUGCUACCACCGCCACUUCUUCCUGGCGAAGUCAUUGGAGAUGUCCUCUUGAAAUUGCCAAUAAAGAGUUUGAUUCGAUUCGGGUGCGUUUGCAAAUCCUGGAAAUCCCUAAUGGGAUAUUCAUCUUUGGUCGACAAGCACUUGGCGGAAUCAGUAAGAAACCCCAAAUUAAGGGUCUUGUUGGGUUGUCUUAAUGGAUUCGACCAUUAUAGACUCAAAAGCUGCCCCCUUUGCUCCUUGUUCAAUGAACUCUUUGUUGAUACUAUAGAUGUCGUUUACCCAAAUUGGAAUUUUUAUGGUCCAACCAGGGUUGUGGGUUGUUGUUCAAAAGUCAUGAUCUUAAACCCUGCUUUAAGAGAAUUUAAAAUGUUGCCGAAUUGUCACAGUGCAUCUGGGUUUGUUUAUGAUUCUUGUAACAAUGAUUAUAAAGUGGUAACUAUAUCCCUUUACAGUUAUAGAAGAAUGCUAAGGGUAAGGGUGUAUUGGUUGAGGACCAAUUCUUGGAGGACUCAGCGUUGUGAAUUUGAUGCCCUACGUGGUAGUGAUUCUGUUUGUUAAUAUGUUUGUGGUACUUUGAAAUGGCUGUCCAGCAGUGAAAAACAGAUUGGUUCACUUGAUUUAGCAAAUUAGACUGUUUAGGACGUAUUGCAACCAGUUAUGGAGAUGGUGUGAAGCAAGAAACGUUGGGCGGUUUUGGAAGGAUGCCUUUGUGUUCUUUGUAAUAAUUCCAAUCAAUAUGCUGGUAUUUGGAUUAUGAGAGAACUUUGGAGACAAAGAUUCCUGGACAAAAAUGCUUAGCAUCCAAUACACACCCAAGUUCAAUAACCCUUCAGUUUUUUCAAACCCGUUAUUCUUUUCAGAAAAUGGUGAAAUCCUGUUUGAAUGGAACUUCGUGCUUACCAUUUACAAUACAAAAGAGAAUGCUUUUAGGGCUUAACGUAGUCGGGAUUAUUAUGCUGCUUGUUUAGGUCCACCUAAAAUCUACUUUGAGAGCCUAGUUUCACCUAUGGCUGGCAUUUGGCAGUCAGAAUGACACUGGCAGCAUAACAGAAGGCAGGCUAUCUUUCUAUGUGGACCAAGAUGCUUGUUUUGGUGCUAUGGUUUAAGAAUAAAACUGAGAAGACUUAAACAAACUAAAGAGCAAGAGCAACCAUAGCUGCUCAGAUGGAGGCCUAGCGGUUGUGACUGCUCCUAUCCCAUUUCUCUAUUUCCUUUCUAAAGAAAGCUUUCUUCUAGUAUGCACUGAAUUUCAUUUAUACAUUUUGCCAUCCUUUCAUUUUAUUGAUACCCCUUUGUGUCUAACUUUUUUAGUCUGUUUUGUUGCAUUUCUUUUUGAUGGAUAGUAUUUGUUGUGUUAAUGUUUUCGGAUUUAAGAUUUCUGCAACAAACUUUUCUAGGCUAG